CUCCCGGCUGUCAGAAACAUAGUGGAGUCAAUGUCAAGCUACCGACAGUCGGUGUAUGAGAGACGCCCAGAGGAGGUUUUAAUCACCAGUACUUAAAAAAAGGAUCACAUGAUGGCCAGGUAGCUGCUGUGAGCGAUGGGGUUUUUCAGACAGCUUUCCCUCCUGUUAUGGAAGAACAUCACAUACCGCAGGAGGAACAAGAUCCAGCUGCUUAUCGAGCUCCUCUGGCCGCUCUUCCUCUUCGUCAUCCUCAUCUCUGUUCGUCAUUCGCACCCUCCUUACAAACAGAGCCAAUGUCACUUUCCAAACAAGGCCUUGCCGUCGGCAGGUACCUUGCCCUGGAUUCAGGGCAUUAUCUGCAACAUCAACAACCCCUGCUUCCACACACCGACACCGGGGGAGACGCCAGGACAAGCUGGCAACUUUGACAACUCCAUACUCUCUCGUCUUCUCGUGGACGUUCAGUCGGUUCUGUCCAACAACAGAAACCGGAGCUUCUCUGGAUUUCGGGAGCUGAUGGAGGGCAUCCAGAAGUUGGGAGAAAACCGUGGACCUUGGCCAAAUCUCCGUGUUAAAGAAUGUCUGAAAGCCAAUGAGACGUUCUCCACCUUCCUCCUGACCAAUGGCAGCGUGUCGCCUGUGACUAUGAACGAGCUGCUCAACGCUCGUCUUACUUUUCAGGCUUCACUGACCGAAGGACAGGUGCAGCUCAGGGAGUUGGUGUGCAACGCGACCAUGCUGUCGCAGUUGUUGACGAUGGACGGAGGAGAAGCCGCCGUGAAUGACCUUAAGAAUCAGCUGUGUGGCCUUCCAGAUGACGUCCUGCAGGAGGCCGAGACCCUUUUCAUGUCUCAGCUCGACUUGACCAAGAUUUUAACGAGAGAUCGUCUGAUGGUCAACGCCGGAGACCUCAUGGUGAUCAGUCAGGCCGUCACUACGAUUUCCAAGGAGCUCACUCUCUUCAUGGACGAUUUCUCCUCCCUCUCCAGUUUUACAGAGAUGAGCACGGCCCUUCGUCUUCUGUCUCCAGAAAACCUCACGGCGGUGCCCAGAGAAAGCUUCAGAGCUUUCACAAGAGUCAUGUGCGGUCACAACGAGAUCGACGGCGAGCGCAUCCCGUCGCUCAACUGGUACGAAGACAAUGACAUCAAGUCUUUCCUGGGCAAAAAUGGCACUGAGGACUUGGACCUGGACGGUGACAACAACACGACUCCAUUUUGUAAAAAUUUAAUCCGGGGUCUUGAGUCCAACCCUCUGUCUCGCAUUGUGUGGCGAGGAAUCAAACCUCUUUUCAUUGGGAAACUGCUGUACACGCCAGACACUCCCGCCGUGCGACAAGUCAUGAAAGAGGUCAACAGGACUUUUGAAGACCUGCAGAUUCUCCGGGAGCUGAAUGACGCCUGGACCGAGGUCGGACCGCGAUUCAAGAACUACAUGGAGACCAGCGUGGAGGUUCAGCUGCUGCGGGAUUUGCUGCGGCGCCCGGAGAUAGCUGUGCUGGUGAACCUGCGUUUGGAGGACACGUCGUGGACGGCGUCGCGGAUCGCACGCUUCCUGUCUACUCCCCCGCCCAACAUCCCGAAGAGGCCUGGAGCACCACCUAACUGGCUGGAUGUCUACAAGGAUGUCAACCGCACCAUCACCACUCUCGCACAAGUCACUGAGUGUUUCUCGCUGAACAAACUAGAGGGGCUGAAGACUGAGGGACAGCUGGUUACCAGAGCACUGGAGCUACUGGAGAAAAGGGAAUUCUGGGCAGGUGUGGUUUUCCUGCUGCCUAACGUCUCCUCCCCUAAGCUGCCGCCACACGUCACCUACAAGAUUCGAAUGGACGUCGAUGACGUGACUCGAACCAACAAGCUCAAGGACAAGUUCUGGGACCCUGGUCCAGCUGCUGACCCGUUCAGUGACAUGCGCUACAUUUGGGGCGGCUUCGUCUACGUUCAGGACCUGGUGGAAAGAGCUGUGAGCCGCGUGCUCACCGGAGUCCAACAGAGCACCGGCAUCUACAUCCAGCAGAUGCCCUACCCCUGUUACGUGGAUGAUGUUUUCCUUCGAGUGCUGAACCGCUCUCUGCCCCUCUUCAUGACGCUGGCCUGGAUCUACUCGGUGGCCAUGAUCAUCAAAGGCGUGGUGUACGAGAAGGAGGCGAGGCUGAAGGAAACCAUGAGGAUCAUGGGUCUGGGAACGGGAACGCUGUGGCUCAGCUGGUUCAUCAGCAGCAUCGUUCCUUUCCUGGUCUCUGCGGGGCUUCUUAUCGCUCUGCUCAAGUGGGGCGACAUCUUGCCAUACAGCAACCCGACCGUCAUCUUCUUUUUCCUCACUGCCUUUGCCACCGCCACAAUCAUACAGUGUUUCCUCAUCAGCACUUUCUUCUCCAAGGCCAACCUGGCCGCUGCCUGUGGGGGGCUCAUCUACUUCAGCCUCUACCUGCCCUACGUGCUCUGCGUCGCCUGGAGAGACCACCUCAACACCACACACCGAGUCUUAGCUAGUUUCCUGUCUCCUGUGGCUUUUGGCUUUGGCUGUGAGUAUUUCUCCCAGUAUGAGGAGCAAGGCGUGGGCAUCCAGUGGUACAACCUGCAGUCCAGCCCGGUGCAAGGAGACACGUACAGCUUCACUGUGUCCAUAACCAUGCUCUAUGUGGACGCCUUCAUCUACGGCAUCGCAGCCUGGUACAUCGAAGCAGUGUUUCCUGGUGAGUAUGGGAUACCCAAACCCUGGUACUUCAUCUUUCAGAUCAACUACUGGGGUGGAGCUCCUCUUGAGGCAGGAAUGCCGAUCCCGCCUGCACCCCCAGAGCAGAAUGAAGAUCACAUUGAACCAGAACCCAGUAAUUUGAUCCUUGGCGUGAGCAUCAGAAAUCUGGUGAAAAUCUACAAAAAUGGAGGAAAGCUGGCCGUCAACCACCUGAACCUGAAGUUCUACGAGGGACAGAUCACCUCCUUCCUCGGCCACAACGGAGCCGGCAAAACCACCACCAUAUCUGUCUUGACUGGCCUGUUCCCGCCCACCUCUGGAACCGUGUACAUCAAGGGGAUGGACAUCCGCUACAACAUGGACAGCAUUAGAAGGACUCUGGGAGUUUGUCCGCAGCACAAUGUCCUGUUUGACAUUCUAACAGUGGAGGAGCACGUGUGGUUUUACGGCUGCUUGAAGGGCUUGUCUGAAGAUGAGGUGAAGGCUGAGCUGGACAUUUUGCUCGAAGACGUCGGCCUCCUGCACAAACGACAUGAACAGACCAAGAAUCUCUCUGGUGGCAUGCAGAGGAAGUUGUCUGUGGCAAUAGCAUUUGUCGGCGGCUCAAAGGUGGUUGUCCUGGACGAGCCCACCGCUGGUGUCGACCCCUACUCCCGCAGAGGGAUAUGGGACCUGCUGCUAAAAUACCGAAAAGACCGAACCAUCAUCCUGUCCACUCACUACAUGGAUGAGGCGGAGCUGUUAGGAGACCGGAUCGCCAUCAUCUCUCAGGGGAAACUGCGCUGCUGCGGCUCACCGCUCUUCCUGAAGUCCCGCCUGGGGUCUGGUUACUACCUCACUGUGGUGAAGAGGGAAGGAAUGGAAACAAGCACUCCCAGUAGUUCCAGCAUCUGCACCAGUACCAGCAUCAGCACCAACAAGCUGCCCCCUCUAGUCAAGGACAGUGAGUCGUCCCUGAGUGAAGACACUGGCCUGGGAAGUGAGGACAGCAGCUCAUACAUGGCGGCUUUGCUCUCCCUGGUGCAGCACCACAUCCCAGGGGCGAGGCUGGUGGAGGACUCGAGACGCGAAGCAGUCAUCAACCUGCCUCAGACGGCCGCCAAGGACAGCAGCCUCGCCAUCUUCCUGUCUGAACUGGAUCGCAGGCUGCCCGAGGUGGGCGUCAGCAGCUACGGCCUCUCAGACAGCACACUGGAGGAGAUCUUCCUGCGAGUAGCGGAUGAAACUGGGGUCGACGCUGAACUGGAGCUGCAGGCUGAGUCUCCCAACCACCAGCAGCCACCAGGGCAGAGUUCAGAUCCUGUUGAAGAACCUGAGACAGGAAGGAAAAGGCUUCACAAACAAGAACCUCAGGAGACGGACCCGCUGAGUGAAGAUGGCCGAGUUAGGGUGAUGACCGGCUGGUGGCUGACGUGGCAGCAGCUGAGAGCUCUUUUCAUCAAGCGCUGGCUUUACGCUCGAAGGAGCCGCAGGGGAUUCUUUGCUCAGAUUGUUCUCCCUGCUGUGUUCGUGCUGGUCGCCCUGCUCUUCAGUCUCAUCGUUCCACCAUUUGGGAAGUACCCCGCCCUGGAGUUGCAGCCCUGGAUGUAUGGAGAACAGUACACCUUCUUCAGCAAUGAUGCCCCUGGUAAUACAGCCAUGGAGAACCUGCUGGAAGCUCUCCUGGACCAGCCAGGGUUUGGUACCAAGUGCAUGGAGAAAGAGGACGAGGACAACAGCACGAGUCCUCAGUGUGACAGAGAGCGCAGCGGCCUGUUCAUGAGGCCGCAGAUUCCCUACUCCACCUGGCAGAUGUUCAGCAAAGGCAACUGGAGCAGAGACAGACCCUCGCCUGAAUGUCAGUGCAGCACAGAGGAACAGAGACGGAUGCUUCCCGAGUGCCCGCAAGGUGCUGGUGGGAUGCCGCCUCCGCAGAUUAAGAGGUCGACGGGAGACAUCCUCCAAAAUCUGACGAGCUAUAACAUCACUGAUUACCUGGUGAAGACCUACUCUCAAAUCCUCAAGAAAAGCCUAAAAACCAAGAAGUGGGUGAAUGAAUUCAGGUAUGGAGGCUUCUCCCUCGGAGGCAACGCCACCCAGACUUUCUCUAAUAACCACCAUCUCGAAGACUCGGUCAUGGCAAUCAGGACUCGUUACAGAGUCCAACAGAACAGUUCUCUGGAUCAUCUGCUGAACAGGCUGCCGGAUGUUCUCGGAGGAAUGAACAGUCAAAACAACGUCAAGGUGUGGUAUAAUAACAAAGGCUGGCAUGCCAUGGUGUCUUUUGUCAACGUGAUGAACAACGGCCUGCUGAGAGCGAGUCUGCCGCCGGGUCCGGAGAGGAGAAGACACGGCAUCACGGCCUACAAUCACCCACUCAACCUCACCAAGGAGCAACUCACAGAAAUAGCCUUGAUGACCACUUCAGUGGACGUUCUGGUUUCCAUCUGCGUGAUCUUUGCCAUGUCCUUUGUGCCGGCCAGCUUCGUCCUCUUUCUGAUCGAGGAGCGAGUCAGCAAAGCCAAACACCUGCAGUUCGUCAGCGGGGUCAAACCAAUCCUGUACUGGCUGGCCAACUUCGUCUGGGACAUGUUGAACUACACCGUCCCUGCGACCAUAGUGGUUCUGAUCUUCAUCUGUUUCCAGCAGCAGUCGUACGUCUCUGAGACCAACCUGCCUGCCCUCAUCCUGCUCCUCCUUCUCUAUGGAUGGUCCAUCACUCCUCUGAUGUACCCAGCAUCCUUUGUUUUCACCGUUCCAAGCACAGCUUAUGUUUUCCUGACCUCCAUUAACCUCUUUAUUGGAAUCAAUGGCAGCAUCGCCACCUUCGUCCUGGAGCUGUUUGUAGAUGAGUAUCUGAACGAGGUGAACAGGAUCCUGAAGAAAGUGUUUUUAAUUUUCCCUCAUUUCUGCUUGGGACGAGGACUUAUCGACAUGGCUAAAAACCAGGCCAUGGCAGACGCCUUCGAGAGACUAGGCACCAAACAGACCCUGAAUCCUCUCGAGUGGGACUUUGUAGGGAAGAACCUGUUCGCGAUGGCAGCUGAAGGUGUCGUCUUCUUCAUCUUCACCGUACUCCUGCAGUACAAGUUCUUCAUUCGCUUCAGGCCGUGGUGGUCCGAGCCCGAGAUCCCUCCGCUUGGUCCAGAGGAUCAGGAUGUAGCCAAGGAGAGAGAGAGGGUCAAGAGUGACAAGACUCGGUCAGACAUCCUCACCAUGAUUGAUCUGAGCAAGGUUUAUAAAGCAGGCCGAAAGCCAGCUGUAGAUCGUCUUUGCCUCGGGAUUCCCCGAAGUGAGUGUUUUGGUCUUCUCGGGGUGAACGGAGCAGGGAAGACUUCUACAUUUCGCAUGCUGACUGGAGAUACACCCAUCACUCACGGAGAGGCCUACCUGAACCAAUACAGUGUGCAGACAGAUAUGGAGCGAGUCCACCAGCUGAUGGGUUACUGUCCGCAGUUUGACGCCAUCAGUGACCUGCUGACUGGUCGGGAACAUCUGGAGCUGUACGCCCGCCUGCGGGGGGUGCGAGAGGAGUCUGUCGCCAAGGUGGCGCAGUGGGGGGUGAAGAAGCUGGGCCUAACUCAGUAUGCAGAGCAGGAGGCUGGAGGCUACAGCGGAGGCAACAAGAGGAAACUCUCCACGGCCAUCGCCCUCAUCGGAGCUCCACCCGUUAUAUUCCUGGAUGAGCCCACCACUGGCAUGGACCCAAGAGCCAAACGGUUUCUGUGGAACUGCAUCCUCAGCGUCACCAAAGAGGGAAGAGCUGUCGUACUCACCUCCCACAGUAUGGAGGAGUGUGAGGCUCUCUGCACCAGAAUGGCCAUCAUGGUGAACGGCAGGUUUCAGUGUCUCGGAUCUGUACAACACCUGAAAAACAGGUUCGGUGACGGAUACACCAUCAUCAUCCGUUUGGCCGACACUAAAGCCGACCCGGAUUCGUGCCCCGUCAGCGCCUACAUCAAGAACUCCUUUCCCAGCAUCGAGCUGAAGGAGCAGCACCAGAACGUGCUGCAGUACCAGCUGCCCUCACAAGGCUGCUGCCUGGCUCGCGUCUUUGACCUGCUGGCUAACAACCACGAGGAGCUGGGAAUCAGCGACUUCUCUGUUUCACAGACCACGCUGGACCAGGUGUUCGUCAACUUCGCUAAGGAGCAGACCGACGACGACUGCCUCACAGAUGUGGUCAUCAGCAACGGGACAGUACAACCAAACCAGCCCGCCCAAAUCAACCCUCCCACCAUCCAACCGCCACCACCAGUCACACCUCCUCCGCUUAGCAAAACUCCACCAGUGCCUGGGACGUCAUCUGACAGCCAUCCAAAAGCAGCUAAACCAAAAAAGGCAAAGGCUGGCAAGGUCAAAUCUGACAGAAAAACAGAGAAAAGCAGCGGUGUGCCACUGAGUAGAUUGCCGCAGCCAGAGGACGGGGAGACGCCUCGGACGAGCCGGAGGGGCAGCAGCGAAUCAGACAACAGUGGCGGCAGUGGUGUGCAGGGAGAAUCCAGUAAAUCUCACGGGUCCAAACAGGAAGUGGAGAGCUCCAGCAAAGAUCCCUCUGCACUCUUUAUAGUUGGUCCCAAAUCUAAAGACAGUGCGGUGUGAGGUGGACUGGUGCUCGAGUGGACCAAAGACAGACAAAAGCUUUUUACUACUUCCAGUUUUUUCAUCUGAAUGCUGCACAGUGUUUACAGCAACAACAUCUGAGCUCUUUAAAGUCUGUUGGUAUGACGUGAACAGUGGAAAAGAUGUUACUGUCUGAAAAAAGAAAAAGAGUGCAGCUCUGAAGAAAGGACCACUAGUUCUUCCUAGUAAUGGCUCCGGUGCCUUGUUCACCUGUUCGCACAUCUGUAUCUUUAUCCCAUUAUAUUGGUAGAUAAAUGUUGUACUGUCUUUUCUUUGUGUAUCACUUUUAUCUCCCCCAAAGCUGUGGUGUUCCUCAGGGCUCAGUCAUUAGACCUCCAACAAUCUCAUCUUCAUUUUGCACUUUAAAAAAGAAAAUGCUGCAAACUCUCAAAACGGUAGCUAAACGUGUUAAAAUGUUAGUUAUUGAAAUUUCUUUAUAGAUACAAAAGCAUUUGAUGGGUUGUGUCAGUAUCUCUUAUCAUACUGCUAUUUAAUUGUUGAAUACCUCUUGAUUAUUUAAGGAUGACAUUUAAAAUGUUUAACAAAUCCCUUAUUUGUUUUCUUUUCUUCUGUCAAAAUGAUUUUUUUUUUUGUUUUUUUUUAUUUUAUUAUUUUUGUGAUUUGUUGUUGGCUAACAGUGUCCCUGUAUUAAUGAGGAGUAAAAGAGGCUGCCUCUUUAUUUUCUCUUUUUUAAUUACAAAGUUCUAUUUCGGUUUUUAACCUUUCGAUAUCGUCCGAGUAGGACUCAGAAAUCCAAGCUUGGGAGUUGAGGAAACUUUAUUUUAAGCACCAGUCUGUUGGAUUUACUGCCAUCUAGUGGUGAGGUUGCGGAUUGCAGCAAACUAAAUAUAUGUUUAUGUUAGGACAACCUACCAAGGCUACAUAAAGCUAGAGAGACGCUCUUUAAAGCCAUUGCAUUUUGGGAUACUGUGGCAACAUGGUGGACCCUUCAUAUGAAGAUAUCAAAGAAACAAACACAAUUAUUCGAUUAAUAGACAGAUCCACUUUUUUUUACUGUAAUCAGACUAUUGCAUUAAUAUUUUUAUUAUAAAUUAUAACACAGAAUGCUCCCAAUUUAUUUAAAGAAUAAUAUAUGAUUUUUUUGUUGUCGUUUUUAUAUAAAACUCUUUAUUUAUUUGUUUCUGUUAAAUCUAUGAUGUAGUUGACUGCUGAAUGUCCAAAGCGGGUUGUUACUGCACUGUAAUGCACUGUUACACAUUUAAGAUUGUUACGAUAGUAACUACUGUAUAUGCAUGAGACAAACAUCAGAAGGAUUUACUCCAAAAUGCAAACUGUUUUUAAAAUGUUCUCUUCCAUGUCCAUCUCCACUGUGUUCUUUGAGAAGAAAAAAAAAAGAUCUCUGAAGGAUAAUGUUAAAAAGGUUAAAAGUGUUGAAAUGUGCAAAUAAUCGAAACGAAGCUGGAUGUCUCAUAUUGGAAUGAAAGUCUGUAUUAGUUGAUGUGUCGUUGUACUUGAACAUGAAUGUACCUGCUAUGAGAAGUGUGUUAUGUCCUGAUCAGAUAUGCUAGAAUAAAGAAAAAAAAACAUGUC